AUAUCUAUUUCUUUUCUUGGACAUAUAAGUUCAGUGGAUCUUGCUGGUUAUGCACUCGUUCAGACCAUAAGUGAGCGUUUUGUGGAUGGAAUAGUGAUUGGGAUGUCGAGUGCAACCGAAACUCUUUGCGGGCAAGCCUUUGGAGCAAAACAGUACCACAUGAUGGGUAUUUUUCUGCAACGAUCAUGGUUGGUCAAUCUUGCCACGCUAACCAUCUUACUUCCAGUUUUCAUCUUUGGAACAGCAAUCUUUAGUGUACUAGGUGAGGAAAACGACAUUGCUGAAUCCGCAGGACGUGUUUCUCUGUGGUUCAUUCUAUUUGUCUACAGUAUUGCUUUCUCCAUAACAAUCCAAAUGUAUCUGCAAGCACAGCAGAAAAACAUGGUCAUCGCCUGGCUAUCCGUUAUGCAGUUUGCCGUCCACAUUCCCUUGUCUUGGCUUUUCGUCUAUGUUCUGGAUUGGGGGACUAAUGGAGCAAUGGCUGCACUAUCCAUAUCUUCUUGGCUCUUGGCCUGCGGAGAAUUUGUCUACAUUUUCGGGGGUUGGUGCGCCGACUCAUGGAAAGGCUUCUCCUUCGCCGCCUUCAAGGACAUAUUUCCAGUAGUGAAACUCUCAAUAUCCUCUGGUCUGAUGGUCUGCUUGGAGUUAUGGUACUAUGCAAUUCUGGUCUUACUGGCUGGAUACAUGAAAAAUGCAGAGGCUUCCAUAUCCGCCUUCUCUAUAUGCCUCAAUGUCCUCGGUUGGAUAUUCAUGAUCAGUGUUGGCAUCAUGGGGUCUGCAACAUAUGCGGUACGAGUAGCAAAUGAGCUAGGCAGAGGAGAUGCUAAGGCUACAAAGUUCUCAAUCAAAGUAUUGAUGGGCACAUCAAUUGUGAUAGGGCUGUUGUUCUGGAUUCUUUGCUUGGUAUUUGGUAACAAACUUGGUUACUUGUUCACGAACGAAGAGGAAGUGGCACGGACCGUGUCGGACCUCUCUCAUCUCCUUGCUUUCUCAAUGUUGCUCAACACCAUUUACCCUGUUCUCUCAGGUUCAUCAAUGUUAUAUCUUGUUUACUGUCCAGGUGUGGCGGUUGGAGCAGGGUUGCAGACGAAAGCCGCAAUUAUUAACCUUGUUUGCUUCUAUAUCAUUGGACUACCAAUUGGCGCCAUUCUUGGAUAUGUAUUUCAGCUUCAAACACAGGGAAUAUGGAUUGGAAUGGUCAGUGGAGUUGUUACUGAAACACUUGCACUUAGCUUCAUGAUAUGGAGAGCAAACUGGGAUGAAGAGGUAUUGAUAACUUCAGUACGACUCAAACGAUGGUACCUAAAAUCCUUAGAGGGGAAUAUGACAUAGUUCCUGUCAUUCUUGACUUGAAAAAAAUAUCGCCUUUUGAAACA